CUCAUAAGUCAGGAGCUACUUAUCGCCUCCAACUCGCCAUCUCGUUAUAGAAAAAAAAUAUCCACAGGCUCCCCCCACACGCCUCACCCACCCUUCGGAGAUCUCAGCAUCCAUGCAUGGCUGCUUCUUCCCUGCGCCUGCUCGCCAUCAGCACCGCCGCCGCUCUACCUCCCAAGCAUAGCAGCCGCCACCGUCGUCGAGGAGAACGGACCGGCAACAUGUCGAGGACGAAAUCGUCGUCGUCCUUUCGCUGCCAAAGCCGUCCGCCGAGCGAGCCGCCGGCAGGCGGCGGCGGAGGAAACAAGAAAGCUUGGUGGGCAGCCAUGGCCGAGAGGGUGUCCGGCGACGUGGCGAAGGCCGGGAGGGCGGUGCAGGAGAGCCUGAGCCCCAAGCAGAAGGGGGACUGGAAGGACGUCACGCUCAUGAGCUUCUCCUUCGCCGUCUACGUCUACAUCUCACAGAAGAUCGUGUGUACAUAUUGCGCCUGGAUCUCCAUGAUCAAUCACUAGCUAUAUACAGUACAUACUAUAA